AUGCCCAGCGCCGAGAAUCUGAUAUUCAAGCCUCCACGUUUCAAGUCUGUCGGUGGCCUGCUGUGCGUGGGAAUUCUCCUGCUAGCUCUCGCCCUCAAUCCUGCCGACGCCGUAUCUGCCAGAUCAGAAGACCUUAACAAAGGCGCCUCGUGCUACCCUGAGUUGAAGAAUUUCGGCGACAAUCCCUAUUUCGACAAGGGCAUGGUUGCUGAGAUUCCCGUGAGCAAGUUCGACGCCGGGAAGGCCUGCGGAACGUGUUACCAGGUUACCUGCAAGAACAGCAAGAGGUGCAACAAGGGAGCUAGCGUGACGGUGCGCGCGAUGAACAACGACGGCGACGGCUUCACGCUCAACAACCCCGCGUGGGACAAAAUCGUCCGCGACCGAUCCGGCAGCGUGGAGGUCGAGUACCGCAGCGUGGACUGCCCGACCAACGGCCGCGGCAUGGCGGUCAUGAUCGAGAGGAGCAGCGGCCCGUACUACUUCGCACUUUACGUUCUGGGCGCGGCGAGGAACGCGGCGGUGGGGAAGGUGGAGCUGUCGACGGACGGCAACAAGUGGACGGGCAUGACGAGGGGCGGGUGGGGCGCGCGGUGGGAGCUGCCCUCCGCCAAGGACGUCGUGGGCGCGGGGCGCAAGGUGAGCGUGCGCGUGACGGCGGCGGUCACCCAGCAGCAGGUGGUGCUGCAAGACGUGAUUCCGAGCAAGUGGAGCGCCGGGAAGACGUACGAGAGCAGCUCCAACUUCUGA